ACUUUCUUCUCCUUUCCCUUCAUUUUCUCUCCCUCCAAACAACAUAUUAAACCUUAUCUUUCCUUCUGGCCUCACCACAAGCAACCGACUUGUCCCUUGUUGGAUAACAUGUGGCUGAUUAAUUAGCUUGUUGGAAGCACAGAAGCACGGCCACCUCUCCUCCUUAACUUACCUAAACCCCAAUCCAUUCAUUCCCUACCUCUUUCCUUCGUUUUCUUUCUCGGAGGUGUUAAAAAACCUAGAUAUAAUAUCUAGACUAGAAAAAGAGAACAUUUUUUUGGAAAUGGAAGUAAGAGAGCAAGAAUAUGAUGUUAAACCACUGGUACCUUCCGGCUAUGGGCAUCAUUCACUGGGUAUGGAGAGGAGGAGGGAUGGGAACCAUAAUGGGAGUGGUGUACUAACUUGCACUGAAUCCCUAGAUCAUGUUCAUCGUCUGCAAAAACAGCAUCAAGGAAGAUCUCCAAACCCAGAUCGAGGCAUGAUUGCACCCAUUUCUAAGGGGAUCCGAUACAGGGAGUGUCUCAAGAACCAUGCGGCCAGCGUUGGCGGAAACGUUUUUGAUGGGUGCGGUGAGUUCAUGCCCAGCGGGGAAGAAGGAACGCUGGAAGCCUUGAAAUGUGCGGCGUGUGACUGCCACCGCAACUUCCAUCGCAAGGAGGUGGACGGGGAGACCCAAUUCGGGGGGAACUCAAGCAGGAGAGCUCUCAUGCUGAACCCGCUCCAGCUGCCACCGCCGCUGCCAUCCCCAACCAUGUUGAAAUACUCGAUGCAUCCGAGUCCCUCUAGUGCAAUGGUUACACCCAUGAAUGUAGCCUUUGGUGGCGCCAGCGGUGGAACCGAGUCUUCAAGCGAGGAUCUCAACGUGUUCCAGUCUAACAAUGAAGGAAUGCCACCGCCUCCUCCUUUCGUGCUGUCCAAGAAGCGGUUCCGGACGAAGUUUACGCAGGAACAGAGGGAGAAGAUGCUGGAGUUCGCGGAGAAAUUGGGUUGGAGGAUUAACAAGCAAGAAGAGGACGAAGUGGAGAAGUUUUGUGCUGAGGUAGGAGUGAAGAGGCAGGUUUUUAAGGUUUGGAUGCAUAAUAAUAAGAGCAAUAUGAAGAAGCAGCAACAGGAUCAGACUGAUCAGUAGAUGAGUGGAAAGGGGAAAAUGGGAUUUGUGUAUAGAAGGAGAAGAUGGAUUGAUUAACUGGAGAUCUGAUGAGAUUUGUGCAAUAUUUCUUCAUUUUAAGCUGUAUUAGUACUUCUCCCAAACAAAAUCUUGUGUUUAUUUAUCUUUUUUAAGUUAUGUAGUGUCCUUCGCAUGAAUAUCAUCUUUAUGAUCUCUUUUUGAGUUGAUGCAUGGCUAAGGCCAGGCAACCAUGGAUU